UGCCCCGUUUUUGUUUUUUAAUUUCAUUAGCCCUAAAAUCCCCAAUUUCAUAUUCAAUUUAGCCCUAAAAUCAGAAGCACAAUCUGUUCCAAAAAAAAAAAAAAAGACGAUUGCCAAAAAAAACACUGGAAAGGCUUGUUGGGCCGCCUGUUGAACAUGGUCCCUGAGCUUCGCGCAUCAACAACCGAUUGCAAUAUGAAUGUGGCGUCUGAGCAGCCUGUUGUUGGUUCUCUCCCCAGCAAAAAGAGCCAAGCGAAAGCCCCGAAGAAGGCUCACAAGGCUGAGAGGGAGAAGCUGAAACGCGAUCAAUUGAAUGGGCUCUUUCUUGAGCUUGGCCGUGCGCUCGAACCAGCUCCGCGGAAUAAUGGCAAGGCCUGCAUACUGGACGAAGCUACUCGGAUUCUGAGGGAUCUCAUUCUACGAGUCGAAGGUCUCAGGAAGGAAAGUGCAACUUUGCUAACGGAGUCUCGCUAUGUCAUGGUGGAGAAGGACGAGCUAAAAGAUGAGAACCUAGCCCUAGCAGCCGAGAUCGCAAGGCUCAACACUGAGCUUCAAGAGAGACAGAAGUCUGAUGAUCCUACGCGGCACAAAACUGACACAGACCCAGCUCUAUGCACCCAGACGCCAGUCGCUCCUCUCUACGUGCUUCCCUUCAGUCAAGAUCUCCAACCCUUGUCGGAGGCCGUUAUAGCCCCAUCAUCACCCAAACCUACAACACAAGUGAGAAGACCGCACGCUAGAUAUCCCACUCCUUCGGAUUCUUGGCCUUUGCAGGUCCUUUCGAGGCAUCAACAUAGUAGUAGCAGUAGCAGCUCAAACAGUGGGGAUGAAGGUUCAGAGGAAGCGUAGGUGUAGUUAGGAUGUUUGGCUUGGAGGUGUAUAGAUUAGUACAGAAAAUGAAAAAAAAGGAUGGACGCGAUGAACGAUGACGAAGAGAAAUGUUGCUUACUGUUUCGAUAGAAUCCAUUGAAGAGGCUGUUUUUCUUCUUAUGGGAUAUAUGGUUGAUUAGGAAGUUUUAAUCUACUCGAGUUGGAUCGAUAUGUUUUAGUUUUACACUCUUUUUUGAUCUAUUUAUGGUUGAUGUUUAACUUGCUUGGUUGAGACUUGGAAAGCUAAGCUGGUUGCGUAAGAGUUUGAUUCAGGGGGGCUACACCAUUAGGAGGAUGCCUGCAACGGGACGAUCCCAGUUUGUGAAGAAUGAACCGUGGUCUUGGUCGGUAAAUUAGGAGCCAAAGUUUGUUUUACAGGAGAUAAUUUUACUGUUUCUAGGUUUUUACUUGUACACUAUCGAUUCUCGUACACAAUUUACAAUUACCUUCAUCCUCCGGGUUCAGUUCAA